AUGCAGUUUGAUAGAAAUUGCAGUUUAUUCUAUGUAGAGCUCCCUGGAGGUGCAAUUCUGGCACAUGCAGCCGAGGACAAUGAGAAAUUCCCCACGCAAUUCGGUCGGGAGGUUUUGGCAGGCUUGCUGAACAUGGCAGACAGGGCCGAUUGGAGGAAUUGUAAGCUCAGCAAAGAAGAAGAAAUAAAAAUGGCGGAAAGUUUCAAGAGCCGAUUUGAGGAAUAUGACCCAAAUCAGUGA